AUGGCGGCCUAUCCGGAGAGCUGCGUGGACACCACUGUGCUGGACUUCGUCGCAGACCUGUCCCUGGCCUCCCCGAGACACCCUCUCCUUUGUGAUUUUUCGCCUGGGGUUCCCUUUGGGGACCCGGCACUUGGGCUCCGAGAGGGAAGGCCCAGGAGGCUAGCCCAGUUUGAGGAGCGGACCCCUGAAGAAGAGGAUUGCGAAGUAGACGACGGGGACGGGGACGAAGAAGAGGAGGAAGAGGAGGGACGCGGGAGAGGAGCGUCGGUACUAGGCCGCCCCAAGAGGAAAAGAGUGAUCACCUAUGCCCAGCGCCAGGCCGCCAACAUCCGCGAGAGGAAGCGGAUGUUCAACCUCAACGAAGCCUUUGACCAACUGCGGAGGAAGGUGCCCACUUUUGCUUACGAAAAGAGGCUGUCUCGGAUCGAGACCCUACGCCUGGCCAUCGUCUAUAUCUCCUUCAUGACCGAGCUCUUGGAGAGCUGCCAGAAGAAAGAAACCGGCUGA